AUGGACGAUUACGAUCUAUACGGGGACUUUCAAACGAGCGGUAGUACAACAACUACUACAUCAGUACCAUCAACUACUGCUACUGCUGUUGCUGCCGCCGCUACAACAACAUCACCAAAUAAUAAUAAUAAUAAUCAUCAUGAAGAAAAGUCUAAUGAUAAUGAUAAAAAUGAUGAUCAACAACAUCAACAUAACAAUAAUAAUAAUAAUAAUCAUUCAAUGGAUGAAGAUGAUUAUGAUGGUGGAGAUGAUGAUGGAAGAGAAUCAAUGUUGAAAGAUAUGGGAUUAUUGGCCAAUGAACAACAUAGUAUUCAAACAAUCGAUGAAAAGAGUCUAUCUACCAAUGGUCACUCUGAAGACGAAAGACAUGAACUAUUAAAUGAACAAGUAGACAAUGAAAAUUUAUCACCAGCUGUUUAUAUUUCAAGUUUAGAUUGGUGGACAACUGAACAACAAUUAGAAACCUUUUUUGCAGAAUUUGGAAAGUUAAAGACAUUAAAGAUAUUUGAAAACGAGUUGAAUGGAAAAUCAAAGGGAUAUGCAUUCGUCGAGUUGUCUUCGAACGAGCAGGCCCUGCAGGCAAAGGAAAAGCUGUCAGACAAACAAAUAAAUGGAAGGGAGGUUACUAUAAAGGCAGUGUCUCAACAGAGUUAUCAACAUGUAAUCAAUGCCAUUAAAAGUGGCUCAUUCACAAAGCAGUACGAGCAACAGCCACACCAACAACAUCCACAACAUCCACACCAACCACACCAACAAAUGUCGACGAUGAGUAGUGUUGGCGGUGGUGGUGGUGGUGCAAUGUCACAGGGUGGACCCAAGAUCAUGCAUGGUAGUGCGCCUAUGGGACUCGGGCACCCGAUGGGUAUGGGUAUGGGUAUGGGAAUGGGUAUGCGUGGUGGAAGAGGUGGUGCGAUGCGUGGCGGUAGGGGUGGUCACAUGCCACCCGGUGCGAUGGGUCGAGGCAUGCCUCCGGGUGUGCCACCCGAACAGUAUAUGAAUGGCGCUGGACUGCCUCCCCACCUCGCGAUGCGUGGGCGUGGUGUUCCACACCCUUUCCAUCCACGCGGACGUGGUAUCCCACCUCCGGGCAUGGCACGUGGUAUGCCGCGCGGGUAUCCACCCCACCCCAUGGGUGUCCAUUACCCCCCUCCUCCAGGCUAUCCACCCUAUUUCCAAGACCCGCGCAUGAUGCAGCAGUUUGACGAAGACAUGAUGGAGAGAUACGGAGGUGGUCCACCACCACCACCAAGAGAAGACGGAUAUGGUAAAGAUUCGUCCGACGAGUCGAUGCGCGAUUCUCAUGAAAAGAGAAAGAGAGAAGAUGAAAUGGAUGACCGCGAAAAAGACAGAAUCAAAGAACGCGACCGUGAACGCGAAAAGGAAAGAGACAAAGAUCGCGGCGACAGAGACAGAGACCGCGACAGAGACAGUAGCAGAGACUAUAGUCGUGAUCGCGACCGUGACCGCGACAGAGAUCGUGACCGCGACCGUGACCAUUCAUCAAGAGACCGCGAUGAAGAUUCAUACUAUAGACACUCUGAUCGUAGUGACAGAGACAGAGAUCGAGACAGAGACUAUGGAGAUAGAGAUCAUGAAAGUGGUAGUAGCAGUAGUAGAAGAAGCGAUCGUGAUAGAGAUCGUGAUAGAGAUACCCGAGACACUCGAGAUACUCGAGACACUAGAGAUCACGACAAGGAAAAGGAAAGAGAACGUGAAAAGGCUCGUGAACGUGAAAGAGAAAAAGAUAGAGAAAAGGAAAGAGACAAGGAACGUGAACGAGACAGAGAACGUGAAAGAGAAAAAGAAAGAGAAAAAGAAAGAGAAAAGGAAAGAGAUAGAGAUAGAGGAGGUGAAAAGGAUCAAAGAGAUUCACGUGACAAGGAAAGACGUUCAAAAGAAAAAGAAAGAGAAAAGGAAAGAGAAAAGGAUAGAGAUCGUGAAAAAAGAUUAGAACGUGAAAAAAGAUUUAAAUUGGGUAGUAAACAAUAA